ACCCAAUAUGUCUUAAAAUCUUAAACCUUGAAACUAUAUAUUUUUAUACUGCAUGUUCUUAUUUUUAGAAUAAAAUAACCGAAACACGUCAUGCUACUACACAGUUUUGUUUUAUUUUGUUUUUAUUUUCUUACUGUUGAUGCGACAGAUUACUGCAAACGAGAAUGUACAAAAUUUAAACAACUUUGUGGUUCUGAUGGAAAGGUUUAUGACUCACAUUGUCAUAUGAAGAAGACUAACUGUUUAAAUAAAGGGAAUGUUACAGUCAGAUACCAUGGAACAUGUGAGUGUCCAAUUGUUUGUCCCAAAGAAUAUGUACCUCAUUGUGGUUCCAAUGGAAAAACGUAUCUAAAUUUCUGUCAAUUUAAGAAAGAAACAUGUAAAAGUAAAGAUAAGAAAAUCACUAUAAAAAAGAAGGGACCAUGUAAGGUUUGGGUGAAAAAGAAUUGUCCCGAAGGAUGUGUCGAUAUAUGGGCACCUGUAUGUGCCAGUAAUGGGAAAACCUAUAGUAGUAUUUGUGCUGUAAAACUAGAUAGAUGCAAGUCACGUGAUAGAAUAGGACUGAAGAAAGUUGGAUAUUGCAAAAGAGGACUUUGUCCGGAAUCGUGCCCUGAAAAUUACCGUCCAGUCUGUGGUAAUGAUGGGAAUUUGUACGUGAAUGAAUGUGAACUGAGAUUAAAAGCUUGCAAAACCAAAAAAAUGAAAGAAUUAAAACGAUCUUCAAAAAAAAUUUGUCGUAAUAAAUGUAUUUCGUCCUGCCCAAAAAUGGAUCGUAAAGUAUGUGGAAGUGAUUCCAUCACGUAUCCCAACUUAUGUGAGUUGUAUCGACAAACAUGUUUGAAGAAGAAAGUGGUGACUUUAGUAAAAAAACAACCAUGUGAUUCCUUAGAAAGAUCUCUUCCAUCGUUACGCCAGAAAAUAGCAGUCGAUAUCGGUUCCGCUCCUGUCUCAAAACGAUAAAGAAGCAUGAAAUAUCUGGCUGCUUAGACGAAUGUGUCUGCUUAAAUGUCUCUGGCAUUGUUUUUUCUAUUGUGUUUUGUUGUAUAUAGUUGUUAAAUUUUUGUAUCGAAUUUUUUAAAAAGGCUGUUUCACUAGCACAUUUUUGUAAAGAAUUUUUGACCGAAUUGUUGUACGAAUUUUGUUUUAGAAAAUCAAGCGCUGUUACAAACCACUUUCUAUUUUUUACUGAAGAUUUGAGCAGGCAAAUUAAUAUUUUUUUAAUUAUGUAAAAGUUUGUUAUUGUUUUUUAUGCUUUUUAUAUUUAUAAACUUUUUUAUUUAUAUUUUGAAAUAGGAAUAAAUAGAAAUAAAUCUUGCACCGAAGCGUUCACAAAUACUUA